AAGAGACAAGUACGAGGCAAAGAAACUCAACUCUAAUGGGCUUAACAUCUUCGAAGCGAGUCGAGACCUCCUUAUCCAAUUCAACCGAGUUCGACUCAGCCUGCAACUCGGCCUACUCUCACUGCCUCUCCCUGACUCAACACGCCUUACCCGGCGUCCUCCCUUACCAGCUCAUGACUGCCUCCGAUCACAUCCACCAAACCCUCCUCUCUCACCGCUCGCAUCCCCUCAUCCUCAAGUGGGUGCCGCACCCCCCGAGUCGGACCCUGGUCGACUCGGCCCUCAAGAAAGUCACCCUCCACUGGCACCUGCCCGAGGACGGGGACUUGGACGUCAUCGGGCCGGCCCGGUUCAAGAAAUGGGCUGUGGUUUUGUACGCGGACGCCGUAGUGGAUAAUGUCGGGAAGGCUUUAAUGAGUCGAAUUCCGAUUGGAGUGGCGGGAAUUGCCGGAAUCGGAGCCAUGACUCGGUCUGGGAAAGAUCUUAUUGGGGCCGCGAUUGGAGUCUACGCAGUGGGUGUCGCCACUUCUAUUUAUCUUAGCUUGUCUGGUCACUUAAUGGAAACUUAAGUUUGUUGAGAUGAUGCAUGUCAGAGACCCGUGAUAGGGGUUUAAUUACAAGAUCAUCAGUAACCAAAAGUAAUCCUUCUCUAUUUACAAAUCCACCUCCUUUUUUGGUAAUGCUGGGAAGUUUUGGAUUCAUAAUUGCUAGCUCUUCAGAUUGUGUAUGAAUGCAACGUUUCAUCCUAGAGAAACAAGCAUAACAUUUGUAACUGUUGAAUUGCAUUGGAGCCUCUUCUUCAAUAGGAAGCAGUUGAUUUCUGCAACCGAACUUGCUUGCAAGCUUAGGGCUGCGUAUUGUAUUUGCAACUCUAGUGGACUUCAUGUAGUUGUUUGCUUCCAAGUUCAUUGCACUUUGGUACAAGUUAGCUAUGCGUCCUAUGAAAAAAGUGUCCAUUUAAUAGCUUUACAAUGGAACCUAUUGGAAAUGUGAGAAAAGAGAACAACAUAUCGACAAAAUCUUCUUUAGCUUCAGCAAACAACACCCUCUUGUUGGACUUGCUACACAAGAGAUUUAUUUUCAUCUUAUGGGAAGCAGGUUUCUUCAUUUGAUGGUUAUUUUGUAUGCCUAAUGGUUCUAAUAGUAAUCUGUUAUAAAGGUCUUUUUCAUCCGAUAAAAAGACAUCUGUGAAGUCUGACUUGGAGAGCAUUGAACGCAUAAGUGGAUGCAAAACCUGAGUAGAAAUCACAUAGCAAACGUGAGCCUAUUCAAAUUGAGUGGCAUCAUAAUGAUCUUGAAAAUUGCUGUGUAAAAUGUGAUGGAAAUCAUGUGUUUAGGACUUUUCUACUCGUUAAGACGUAUGUAGCAUAUCCUUUGUAGUAAUGUCAGGCAUAAUUUGAUGAUAAUUUAGUUAAUUCAAUGACUGCACCUGCUUAUGAGUGCACGAUGAGACUAGGUGAUGAAGAGAGACCACUCCUUAUGUGCUGAUAUUUGACACACCAUCAUUGUGUAAUAAAUUUUAAAGUGGCAUUUUAGAUCAAAGAGUUGAGCAAUUGAGCUUACUUUAGAUUCUAAAUUAAGUCAUGAUGCGUAGUGUAGGAGUUGAGUUUAUUGUGGCUAACUGCCAUUUCAUUUUGAAUCUUUGAUACAUUGGUGAUGAUAUUUUGCUUAAAUUUGAUCUCACUUAUUGUCAUUCUCGAUCUGGAAAUCACUUGAGCAUGUUUUUGAGAUUUUAUUUUCUAAUUUCAGAACCCCUUAUAUUAACAGGUUGGAAUUUUCUCCUUGUGGCUUCGAUUUUUCAAUUGCAGUUUCUUGAUUGUGAUGAUUUAAUAAAAUUGUCUCCCUAAUUGUUAGAACUAAUGAUUCAAUAUCAAAAGCACUUUAGUUGAAGGGCAAAAAGUUCCAAUUAU